AUCACUAACGCUUUUGACAUUCACUGCGUUUACAUUUGAAAAUUUGAAAGAAUCAUAAAAAAUAAUUAAGGAAGCAUUGGCAUGAAAGUGACGCCAAAGAAAAUACGCGGCGCUGCUGCGGAGUCAUCACUGCGUCCGCGGGAAUCCCGUAAAGAAGUGCCAAAGGAUGAAUCAGAAGCUCCACUACCGAUGCUGCAAAUCGACGACGACAUUGAAUCCGAGCUGCCGAUACGGGGACGUCCCUCCAAGAAGCUACUCUUGCAAAAGCAGCAACAGCGCGCCCAGUUGAAUGCUAAACAACAACCAGAAUUAAAAACCACAUCGACAUCAACAACGGCAGCUGCUGCGCUAGCAACUGGUUCAGGGCGUUCCAAAGCAAAGCGCUCGCUCUACAAAAAAAACGGCAAUAAUGCAGCACAAAAAUCCCACAGCGAAUCCUACGUGAUGCGUUUGUUUGAGCGGAGCUUAGACCUGUCCAAGUAUAAGGACAAGACGCCGCUCUACCCGAUAUGCCGCGCCUGGAUGGCCAACCAGCCGCGCAAUCCAGCCGUGGCCAUUUAUAACACAGAUGGUACUAAUCCAACAGUCAAACGUGAGGACGACGCGGAGGAGAUUCUGGCGAAACUGCUGAGCGGCGAACUGAAAGUCUUAAAGGAGAUGCCACAGGCACGCAAAACAGAUUUGCCGAUAAUUCCGCCUCGCCUGCAGCAAACCCAGGACGCGAAACUGCAAGGCGCCAGCAAAGAUGAGCUGCUGGCGGACAAUGUGAGCCACUGGAAGCGGGUUCGCAGCCACUGGCUGAAGCAUGCGCAGAAAUACGAGCAUGAGCGCUAUGAAAUAAUUGACCAGAUAAUGGAUGCCGUUUGCAAGCGUGAAUAAAACUGAAUUUCACUUGAAUAAAUCUUUAUUUGUA